CCGGGUGAUUGUGUCAACUAUCGGUGUCAACGAUUGUGACGUGUAAAUUUUCUAAUAUACAAAUAAAUAUUUCUGGAUUUUAUUUGAAUUUUUGAUAUAUUUGUCAAAUCAAAAUGAGUUCCUUUAAAAGAGAUAAAAAGGAGGAAGAAGAUGGAGGUGGCAAUCCAUUUCAAAACAUCGAGAAAACUACUGUGCUCCAAGAAGCUAGAGUAUUCAACGAAACUUCUGUCAAUCCCAGAAAAUGUACACCAAUUCUCACCAAAUUGUUAUAUUUAUUGAACCAGGGGGAAUCUCUCAGUGUUCAGGAAGCCACAGAUGUUUUCUUUGCAAUGACAAAGCUAUUUCAGUCGAAAGAUGUAAUUCUCAGGCGCAUGGUAUACCUGGGGAUCAAAGAACUAAGCUCUGUCGCGGAUGAUGUUAUAAUCGUAACGUCAAGCCUUACAAAAGACAUGACUGGGUUGUCAGGAAAAGAGGACAUGUACAGGGCUGCUGCAAUCAGAGCUCUUUGUAGCAUAACUGACUCUACAAUGCUGCAGGCUAUUGAAAGAUACAUGAAACAAGCAAUCGUUGAUCGUAACUCAGCAGUAAGCUCUGCUGCUCUUGUAAGUUCCCUACAUAUGACCAAAUUGGCUUCAGAAGUGGUUAAACGUUGGGUUAAUGAAGCACAGGAAGCAAUCAGAAGUGAUAACAUCAUGGUGCAGUACCAUGCUCUUGGUCUACUAUAUCAUAUAAGGAAAACUGACCGAUUAGCAGUUACUAAGCUAAUUGCAAAAUUGACAAAAAUGUCUCUCCGAUCCCCUUAUGCUGUUUGUAUGUUGAUUCGAAUAACCGCAAAACUUCUGGAGGAAGAAGAUUCCCCUUACUUUGAAUUCAUUGAAUCCUGCCUGAGGCACAAAUCAGAAAUGGUAGUGUACGAAGCAGCACACGCUAUUGUCAACUUGAAACGCACCACCAGCAGGGAAUUGGCUCCAGCUAUAAGUGUUCUUCAACUCUUCUGUGGUUCCCCCAAACCGACACUGAGAUUCGCAGCAGUCCGAACGCUCAAUCAGGUUGCGAUUUCACAUCCUGCUGCAGUAACUGCUUGCAAUUUGGAUUUGGAGAAUCUCAUAACUGAUUCUAAUAGGUCCAUUGCCACACUAGCCAUUACAACACUCUUGAAAACAGGUGCUGAAUCCUCAGUUGAUCGCCUAAUGAAACAAAUUGCAACAUUCGUGUCCGAAAUCAGCGACGAAUUCAAAGUAGUUGUAGUCCAAGCUAUCAGGGCAUUAGCUUUGAAAUUCCCGCGAAAACAUACUGUUCUCAUGAACUUCUUAUCAGCUAUGUUGCGCGACGAAGGCGGUUUGGAGUACAAAGCAUCAAUUGCUGACACUAUUAUAACAAUUAUCGAAGAUAAUCCUGAAGCUAAAGAAACAGGAUUAGCACAUCUCUGCGAGUUUAUAGAAGAUUGCGAACACGUUUCACUGGCUGUCAGGAUUUUGCAUUUGCUCGGGAAAGAGGGGCCGAAAACAAAGCAGCCUUCAAGAUAUAUCCGUUUCAUCUAUAAUCGAGUCAUCCUGGAGUGUCCUUCUAUUAGAGCUGCUGCAGUAUCAGCUAUGGCACAAUUUGGGGCAUCUUGUCCAGAUUUGUUGGAGAACAUUCAAGUCUUAUUAGCUCGCUGUCAGAUGGAUUCUGAUGAUGAAGUCCGUGAUCGGGCUACUUAUUACAGCAGUAUUUUGAGCAGAAGUGAUAAAAGCCUUUACAAUAAUUAUAUUUUGGAAACUUUACAGGUUUCCAUUCCAUCUCUGGAAAGAUCAUUGAAAGAAUACACUCAGAAUGCAUCAGAUCAACCAUUUGACAUCAAAUCAGUACCACUUGCUUCUAUUCCAACUACUGAGGAGCGUGAAGUCAAACACAGAGCUGAGGGUAUGCUUGUGUCUCAGGGCCCCGCAAGACCAGUUCCAGUCUCGCGAGAAGAAAACUUUACCGAAAAACUCAGCGCUAUACCAGGAAUACAGCAAUUGGGCCCCUUGUUCCGCAGCUCAGAAGUCGUGGAACUGACCGAAUCAGAAACAGAAUACUUCGUCCGAUGUAUCAAGCACUGCUUCACUCACCACGUUGUUCUGCAAUUUGAUUGUUUGAACACCCUAAGUGAUCAGCUACUGGAGAAUGUCAGGGUGGAGUUGGAGCCGAGCGAAAUGUUCGAGAUCAUUUCGGAAGUUCCUUGCCCCAAGCUCCCUUAUAACGAGUCUGGUACCACUUAUGUAGUGUUGAAGUUCCCCGACGAUGACCUAGCUGCUUGCGUUGGCACUUUCGGGGCAGUUCUCAAGUUCGUUGUGAAAGAUUGCGAUCCUACGACUGGGUUACCAGAUUCCGAUGAAGGCUACGACGAUGAAUACAUGUUAGAAGACCUGGAAAUCACACUCGAAGAUCAGAUCCAGAGGGUCAGCAAAGUCAACUGGGGUGCGGCAUGGGAAGAAGCAGCAGCCACCUUCGUGGAAAAGGAAGACACUUAUUCCUUGAGCUCUAUGAAUACUCUGGAGGAAGCAGUUAAGAAUAUCAUUCAAUUCCUAGGUCUCCAACCAGCAGAAAGAACGGAUAAGGUUCCUGAGGAAAAAUCAACUCAUACUCUUUUACUAGCAGGAAUGUUUCGAGGAGGUAUUGACAUUUUAGUUAGGGCAAAACUAGCCCUAGCUGAUGGUGUGACUAUGCAACUGACCGUGAGGUCACCCGAUGCUGAUGUUGCUGAACUUAUAACCUCGUCUGUAGGCUAAGAGAAAAGUUAGCUUGGUUAGAUGUUCGAAAUUAUCAGGUCAUGUGUAUUAUAUUUGAUGUUAUUCCAAUUUUAAUAAACCCUCCUAAUUUAAGUUAA